AAAGUCAUCGAGAAGCAAUAGAAAUGGCUGCAUUCAAACAACUCCGCUUACCCCCUUUACCCACAAUUAGAGACCUAGUACGUUUAUAUAGAUUAAGAGCACUUAAGCAAUUGUCUCAGAACUUUUUGAUGGAUGAACGAAUCACAGAUAGAAUUGUAAGAGCAGCAGGGAACAUCCAAAAUCAUUAUGUAUGCGAGGUUGGUCCAGGACCUGGUGGAAUCACAAGAUCCAUCAUUAAAAAUAAACCAAGAAAGUUAAUUGUUGUUGAAAAGGAUCCCAGAUUUAUUCCAACAUUGGAGUUACUUAAGGAAGCCUGUGAAGGCUCUUCACAAAUGGAUAUUGAAAUUGGUGACAUAAGAUCAUACAAUUUUGAGAAAGGCUUUGAAACUUGUAAAAAAAGUAACUGGUAUGAAGCUCCACCACCCAUACAUCUGAUAGGAAAUUUGCCAUUUAAUGUUUCAACUAAUUUGAUCAUUAGAUGGUUACAAUCAAUAUCUGAGAAAUCAUCAGCUUGGUCCUUUGGUAGAUCUAGUAUGACUCUGACUUUUCAGAAGGAAGUAGCUGAGAGAAUAACAGCCCAAGUAUCAGAUAAACAAAGAUGCAGAUUAUCUGUGAUGUGUCAAUUUUGGUGUGAAGUAAAUCACAAAUUUACCAUCCCUGGAUCAGCUUUUUUACCUAAACCAGAUGUUGAUGUGGGCGUUGUCACCUUAAUACCAAAAACACAACCUUUAGUGACAUUACCCUUCAAAAUGGUCGAGAAAAUAUUAAGAUCAAUAUUUAACAUGAGGCAGAAAGCUUCUAUGAAAGGAGCUCAAACCUUGUUUCCACCAGAAGAGAGGGACUUUUUAGGUUUUAAACUGUUCCAACUUGCUGAUGUUGAUAGCAGAGCGCGUCCUUUCGAAAUUACAAAUGAGGAGUUUGCAAGGAUCUGCUAUGCUUACAAAAUUAUUUGUGAUGAACAUCCAAACGUCGAAACAUAUAAUUUCAGAGGUCCUAAGAUUCAAAUUGAUUAGUUGUGUUUCUGUUAGUUAAUUAUAGAAAUAAAUACAAAAUUUAAAAAGAAAA